UUAACAACACUUCCAAUAAUGUCUAACUUACUAGUUCUAAUGUCCCUCCCACUAUUUGUGAGCUAUUUUCUUGCUUCGGCUGAUCGCCAUUUCUCAAUUGUGGGCUAUUCCCCUCACGACCUUUCCUCCCAGGAAAGACUCGUCCAGCUAUUCGAGUCUUGGAUGGACAAGCAUGUGAAAAGGUACCCAACUGUGGAGGAGAAGCUACGCAGGUUUGAGCUCUUUGUUGAAAAUCUGAAGCAUAUCGACGAUAGGAAUAAGAAGAUCGACAAUUACUGGCUUGGGCUUAACGAGUUUUCUGAUUUGAGCCAUGACGAAUUUAAGAAAAUGUACCUUGGACUAGUCAAACCGGAUGAUAUUAAUGACAAGCGGUCGAGGAAGCCGACAACAUCUGAUGAGGAAUUCGCAUAUGGGCAUGUUGUGAAUGUGCCCAAAUCAGUGGAUUGGAGGAAGAAAGGCGCGGUCACCCGGGUUAAGAACCAAGGCUCAUGUGGGAGUUGUUGGGCGUUUUCAACUGUGGCUGCGGUUGAAGGAAUAAACCAAAUCGUAACGGGGAACUUGACAUCUCUUUCGGUACAAGAACUGAUCGACUGCGACACUUCGUUCAACAAUGGCUGCAAUGGGGGCCUCAUGGACUAUGCAUUUCAGUACAUUAUCGACAAUGGUGGGCUUCACAAGGAUCAAGACUAUCCAUAUCUCAUGGAGGAAGGCACUUGCGAGAAUAACAAGGAGGAAGAAGAGGUGAUUAUGAUAAGCGGCUACGAAGAUGUGCCACAAAACAACGAGGAGAGCCUCAUCAAAGCGCUAGCCAACCAGCCUCUCAGUGUGGCCAUAGAAGCCUCGGGUAGAGACUUCCAAUUCUACCGUGGUGGCGUGUUCGACGGGAACUGUGGGACUCAACUAGAUCAUGGGGUGACGGCCGUGGGGUAUGGAACGAACAAAGGAUUGGACUACAUAACCGUGAAGAACUCGUGGGGUACGAGUUGGGGCGAGAGAGGGUAUAUUAGGAUGAAGAGGAAAACCGGCAAACCUGAAGGAAUAUGUGGUAUCAAUAAAAUGGCUUCUUACCCCGUUAAGAAGAAUUGAUAAGUACAAUUCACUAGUAGACCUUUCAUUUUUUUAUGUAAUGUGCUU